AUGCCCCGUGGGAGAGGCCGAAGCCGGGUGAGCGCCCUGGUGGGUGCCCAGGAGGAAGGGUCGGCCUCCUCGCCCACAGCGCAGCCCCAGAGGGAGCGCGUUCUGCUCCGGGGCAUCUUCGAGAUCGGAAGGGGCAGCUGCGACGUGGUGCUGAGCGAGCGCACCCUGAGGUGGCGCCCCAUUCUGCCCGAGCGCCCCGCAGGUGAUUCCAAAUGUGAUUUGAAGUGCAAAGAAGAAUUAAUUGAACUGAAGGACAUAUUCUCUGUAAAACUGAAACGGCGUUGUUUUGUUAAGCAGCAGGGAAAUGGUACUUUAUUAGGUAUCACACUUUUCAUCUGCUUGAGAAAGGAGCAAAAUAAACUGAAGGAUUCUACACUUGAUCUCAUCAAUUUAAGUGAAGACCACUGUGACAUAUGGUUUAGGGAGUUGGAAAACAUUCUGACAGGUUUUCCAAACAGGCCCAAGUCACUGAAAAUACUCCUCAAUCCCCAGAGCCACAAAAAAGAAGCUGUCCACAUUUAUUAUGAGAAGGUCGAGCCUCUGCUGAAGCUCGCUGGAGUAAGCACUGAUGUAACCAUCACAGAAUAUGAAGGGCACGCUGCAUCUCUGCUUAAUGAAUGUGAACUCCAGGGAUUUGAUGGUGUUGUCUGUGUUGGGGGUGAUGGUUCUGCCAGUGAAGUGGCCCAUGCUCUACUUCUCAGAGCCCAGAAGAGUGCUGGGGUAGAGGCAGACCUGCAUCCAGUCAGAGCACAGCUCCCACUUGGCUUAAUACCAGCAGGAUCGACUAAUGUUCUGGCACAUUCUCUUUAUGGGAUUGCUCACGUGGUAACAGCAACUUUGCACAUUAUCAUGGGACACUUGCAGCCAGUUGAUGUCUGUACCUUUAGUGCCUCUGGCAAACUACUUCGCUUUGGCUUCUCAGCCAUGUUUGGCUUUGGUGGAAGAACUUUGGCUCUAGCAGAAAAAUAUCGAUGGAUGUCUCCUAACCAACGAAGAGAUUUUGCUGUGAUUAAGGCACUGGCAAAACUUAAGCCAGAGGAUUGUACAAUAUCAUUUUUACCACUUAACAACUCUCAAGAUGUACUCCAAAGGAGGGUUCAAGCUUCUCCCAAGUCUGGCUGUAGUGGCCCCUGGCAAACACUGCAUGGUCAGUUCUUGAAUGUCAGCAUCAUGGCAAUCCCUUGCCUGUGUUCUGUGGCACCUAGAGGUUUGGCACCUAACACUAGAUUAAAUAAUGGAAGCAUGGCUCUUAUACUUGCACGAAACACUUCUCGGCCAGAAUUUAUAAAACACCUGAAACGAUAUGCCAGUAUAAAAAAUCAGUUUAGUUUUCCAUUUGUGGAGACAUAUACUGUUGAAGAAGUAAAGGUCUGUCCAAGGACUAAUACCAGUGGAGACAAUGAAGGGGAAGAAGUUGGACCUCAUAAACCUGCUUCAGAAACUACUUUCCCUUGGAAUGUAGAUGGUGAUUUAAUGGAAGUUGCAUCAGAAGUUCAUGUGAGAUUACACCCAGGGCUGAUCAGUCUUUACGGAGGAAGCCUAGAAGAAAUGAAUGAUUGCAGUGUAACAUGUAAUUGUUUAUAAAAAAUGCUAACUAGGAUUUUAGUAGAAAGGAAUUUGGCUAUACUUUCAAUACAUAUCCAAAUAGAAAAUGUAUUUUUUAAAAGAAAUCACUAUUUUUGAUGUUACUAAAAAGUAGUUCAAGGGCUCUGAAAAUCAAGAUGGAAAUAUAACUGCACCAAAACCAAUUUGAAUGCUGGUUUUAGAAGUUGUUUGUUGAGAUAGAAAAGAAAUGUUUUAUGUACUUAGGCAUCAGCAUGAUAUAUCAAUAUUUGACCAAAUUAAUUCCACAGUAAAAUUAUUUUGUUUCUUCUGCUUUUCAAAAUUUGAGUCUACCACAUGUGAUGUUCCAAUUUCUCUAACCAAGUUACAAACAGAACACAGAAAUAUUAUAAGACUACCCCAGUUUUCACUAAUGUCGUAACUAAUCUGUAGAGGUUAACUUUAAGUAUCACACAAACAGAAACAACAACUUUCUGUAAAAUCUGUCACGUUGUAGCUGAUUCAACAAAAAAGAAUGAUUCAUUGCUGAAAAAAAAUUAUAAAAUUGAAUUGUUGUAACAUCAAAAUUUAUGACAAAAUCUAUUUAGAAAUGUGCAAACAAUCUUUGUAACUG